AUGGUUAAUCUUGGACAACAUAACUGUAGACCUCACAAACAAUGCAAAGACGAACAUAUAGAUAUACCUGUUGAAAGACUGUUUAUCCAUACAGAACUUAAAAGUGAAGGACCAAUGCCUCAAAACAAUAUUGAGCAUAUAAAACCGAUAUGUUUACCAAAAGUUGACGAGGAGGUUGCAGCUGACGAUUGGGUGACAGAAACUGGUUGGGAUAUAUACAAAAACAAAAAACUUAAGGUGGAUUUGCCUGUAAUAUCCAAUAAAGAAUGCUCGAAGCUAUAUUCUAAUAGUCGUAUACCAAUAUAUAAUAAUCAGCUGUGUGCAGGUGGAGAAACUGAUGAUUCAUGUGUUGCUAUUUCGGGAGGAUCACUAAUGUCAAAAAGAAAAGAUGUUCCUAAUCAGUGGUAUUUAGAAGGAAUUGUAUCUGCCGGACCUAGACAAUGUGCUGUAGGAGGUCUUCCUAACGUUUAUACCAAAGUACAACCGUAUUUGGACUGGAUCCAAGAAUACAUUGACAAAUGA